GAAAAAGUACUUUGUAUAAUUUUGACGUACGCUCCGAAUUUAUUUCUUAUGAAAACAUCCAUCUGGCAACACCGAAUCGACUAUAAAAUUUCGAACGUCAUGAAACUGAUUUUAUGGCAAUUUUGCAUUUUAUUCACAAUAUAAUUGUGAUUUUAUUAUAAAAUAUAAAAGCCGCAGUUUCGUUGGUUUUUGUUCUUUCAACCAAGUAUUCUAAAUAAAUAAAUAAAUUGUGUUUUAGUUAUUAAAAGUAUGGGUUCGAUUAAAAGAGGAGCCUUAAUAGUAAUAGAAGGUGUAGAUAGGUCUGGAAAAUCAACACAAUGCAAGAAAUUAGUGGAAGCUUUACAAAAGAAGGAUAUUUCCGCCAAAUUAAUGAGCUUUCCAGAUCGAACAACUUUAACCGGAAAAUUAAUAGAUGAUUAUUUGAAAAAUGAAGAAAAUAAACUAAACGAUCGAGCCAUACAUCUAUUGUAUUCGGCUAACAGGUGGGAAAAUGUAGAAAAAAUGAAAUCGUUGUUGGAUAAAGGCGUUACCCUUAUCGUUGAUAGGUAUUCGUAUUCAGGCAUUGUUUUUUCAGCAGUGAAGAAGGUUAUGAGUUUGGACUGGUGUAAAUGUCCAGAAUCUGGCCUACCAAAACCGGACUUAGUAUUCCUAUUAACUUUAGAAGAACAAGAAAUGCUUAAAAGGCCUGGAUUUGGUAAUGAAAGAUAUGAAAACAAGACUUUCCAAAGAAAUGUGGCCAAUAUGUAUGAAACUUUAUGCAAUGAAGAAGAUAAUUGGAUAAAAGUGAAUGCAGCUGGUUCAAUUGAUGAAGUACAUAGUAAACUUUUACAGGCUUGUUUAAAAGGCCUUGAGAAAUUUCAAACUGCACCUUUAAAAUCAUUGUUCUUUACUGAUAAGUGAUAAUAGUUAAUUUUUCUAGGUUUUGUAUUCCUAUAUAUUUAAUUUGGUGGGUAGAUUUCAAAUUUAUGAAAAAGCACUCGUACUUUUUGUCAAUGCUUUAAAUAAAUUGUCUCUUAAUUAAUUUUACAUCUUAAUACCUCAUAAUUCUAAAUAAAAACUAAAUAUUUUUUUUUUGGUCAAUGUUUUUGUUUGUGCCUACAUACUAGUGAAGUUCACAGCAGCUAGAUAUUUAUAGAAUGUUAUUUUUGUAGAUUCAUGGAACUGUUUUUUUUUUCUAGCUGCUAAUUUAUCAAAUUUCACUAUAUUAUGUUUUAUUAUUAAAAUAUUACACUAUUAUUACGUUAUAUUUUUCCAAAAUAUUCAGUUAUUAAAAUAUUUUGUUGUAUCAGUCCCUUAGAAUUUUUCAUUAGUUUAAUAUCCUAAUUUUGAACUAUUUUUUUAGGGAAUGUCUGAUUUUAUUUUUGAAUUUUCAAACCUUGUUGAAUUGUAAUUGUGUUCAUUUAUAUAUUUUAUUAAUAAUUAGAUUCUGUCUGACCUGAGUGGACAUAUUAGUACCUUUUUGAUUAAUUUAGCUGUAUUUGCUAUAUUACUCUUUUAGCUUAUCACUUGUAUAAUGUCCACUACUUAAUUAUGUUUAUAAAGUUCCUUGUAUCAAUGGUUUAACAUAGUAAAUAAAUUAAAUUGGUCUUCAAAAAACACUAGGAAAUACUGAAAAAAUACUUGAAUUUGCUUGAAUGAUUUCUGCUCAUCAUUUUAAUCUUCAAAUCGGUAGUAGCUUACUAAAUACCUAGUAAUAAUUAGAGAGCACAUCUCCUAUCUCUGCUUAAAAUCAUGUCACUACUAUCUUACUGGAUUGAUAUUUUGUAAACAACCAUUCAGGCUCUGACUUAUUACAUUUCUGGCUGUUAAAAAAUCGCUUUCAAAAAUGGCGCUGGACAAAAUAGCGCGGAAUUUAUAUUGCUUGGACAAAAGAGCAGCAUAAAAUAUCGUUUGCCCUAAAAGGCAUGUGGCUAAAAGAGCAGAUGUCUUAAAAAUGUGUGGUCAACAAUUAUAUCGCCAAACGUGUAUGGAUACAUUCGAUAACUUUCAUUAUAUAAAAAAUUUACAUGUCUGAGGAUUUUCUUAAAAUCAACAUAUGAAAGUUAUUUAUUGUAUUUCAUACAUAAUUUAUUUAUUUAUUCACGGGCCUUGCCUACUUUCAGUACAAAGUUACAAACAAAAACAAAAAAAAACCUCAAAUAGAGUAAAUCUAAAUAAUAUGUCAUAAUAAUGAUAAACUAACAACAAAAUUCAUAAAUAUAUUAACAUGUACAAAAUGAAACAACUAAUAUUAAGACUAGAGAAUUUAAGUCACAGUAAGUUUUAAUACCCUCACAAAAUUAGAUUUUUUUUAUUUUAAAUACAUUUUAUUUAUCAUAAUCUAACUCCUACAGUAAAUAAGUAGGUAAUCUUCUUUAACAAUAUACAGUUGAGACAUAAUUCGGUUUACAAAUACCUGAUCUUUUGAUUAAAAUGCACAGUUUUGAGGUUUUUUUGUAUUAUAAUGAUUUUACGGAAAUUGUAUCUCAUCCGGGUAAAAAAGUGGCCCAAAGAUUAUUGUAACUAUAAUUACUAUCUGCACUUUUAUAAUAUCGUACAUAUGAUAAUAACAUGUUAUACAUAAAAAAUCUUUGCGAAAGGCGAUAUAUCUUGGCGCUGUAUUGUCAACGCCUUUUUUUGAAAGCGCUCUUGUAACAAAGUCUACAUUUUUAUUUGCUAGACUGUAGGUAAGGUUGUUCUCAUAUCGAGUCGGUGGUGUAGCGGUCUAACGCGCUUAUAUUCAUUUAUAAGCAAGUUUAUGUGUCAGAGACUGCUGGGCUUCGAAUCCCAGGCCAGACCAUGUGGAUUUUUAAUUAAAUUGCAUGGUUCGGUAUAGGAUUUGAUGUGUGCCGUAUUAAUAGAAAUUCAAUUUCUGUUGAUAUGACAUGCAGAUUAUAAAAAUCGCCAUACAUUACCGUCUCGAUGAUGGUGGGUGAGGUUUUCCUCACCUGUAAGUCAAAUGGCACCAUCAAUCAUAUUUAACUCAGCUUUUGGGGUUAAAAUUCACUCGUAAGGGGGUGAAUUAGGGAGAGUAUUAUUAUUAAACUAGUAUUAAUGAUUAGUUUUGUAAACAAUUUGGGCUCGAGACUUUUAUUUUUUAAAUAUUUUAAUAAAGUUUACAAUGUAAUUUUAUUUAUUUUUCCAAUUUUACACAUAAAUAUAAUCAAUUAUUAUGAAGUGUUUAAUUAUGAAUAUUUAGAUGUUAUUAAAAUGCAUAUUCAUGUGAUAAGGAGUUAUUACUUAUAACAUUACUGGUUUCAUAAACAAUUGGUCGGUAUCUAAUCACAAUUGUUUGCUAAUCUUUGAUAAUAAUGUGUACGCAUAAUUAUUCUUUCAAUAACGCAUUAAAUUUGACCUUUUCUAAAUAGCUGUCAAACUUUGUCUUUUUAAUUACAAAAUAGAAAAAAUCUGUUUAGAAACGAUUAGUCAACAUUAUUAAAAAUUCUUUUGUAUAAUCUGUAAUUGAAAAAAUGUAGAACAUAUUUUGUACUCUAAUGCCACAUUAUUGACAUCAAAAUUAUCAAUUUUAAGUUGAAAAUAUAUAAAUAAUUUUAGUUCCUUUUAAUAUAUGUUUACAUUCUAUUGAAAUGUGAGAAAUCAUUUGUAAAACGUUUUAUGUAAAACAAUUUUAUUUAUAUUCAAUAAUAUAACUUAAUUCAUUAUAUUUUAAGCAAUAAAAUAAUUUUAUAUUAGUUUUUUUCUUCAGUUUCUGGCGAAUCUUCCCUUUUUCUCUUACCUUGGUUCUUCUUACUUUUUGAAAUUUUUUGGUCUCCAACCCUAUAAAAAAGCAUUCUUAUAAGCUUAGAGGGAAUUCAAGAUUACAAAGUGUGUGCCAUAAAGUUGGAUCAAUAUUUUUAUUAUUAUUAUUAUGAUUGGAAAAAAACGUAAGCAAGACACGUCUGCUUAUUUAAAAACGAUGUUUCAAAAAAAUACCGAAUUUGACAAAUAACUUUAAUAUGGGCUAUUUUAAGUUUUUUAAAAAGCAGAGAUGAAUGCCCAUGUUUUUUUUUUCAAUCGAAAUAUUAAAAAAUAAUCCCAUAUGGAGCCAACUUUAUGAAACACAAUUGUUUAAUUUGGCUUACAUUGCAGUAUUUCUUGAACCAGGACCCCAAUGCGGUAAAGGAUUCGCCUGAAACCUUAUGAAUCCUAAUUGUCUUGAAGGAGGGUUAGCUUUUGGGUGCUUUGUGAAUGAAUACUCUUUUUCGGGAGUUUUAGACAAAAUUUCAGCUGCAGGUGAACCUUCGGUAAGUCGCUUUUUUGAAGCUGGAUGUAAUUUUUCCCAGGAACGCAUUAUAUCCCAGAUUACCUAUAAAAAAAAAUAUUUUUUAUUUUUAAAUAUUCAUGAAUCACAAGAACAAGAUACAUUAUAAUCCAGAUAAAAACAUUAUUUAGUUGCUUUACCUUUGUGGGUGCAUCAGUUUUUAUAGAAGUUUUGUUCAUGUGUGAAAAAGAUACUCUGUAACCAGCAUUGAGUAUGGCAGAUCUAUAAAAAAAUUAACAAUUUUAGAUAUGAAUAUUUUUAAUAUUGAAUAGUUUAAUGCACGUCUACAUUAAUGGUUAUUUAACGAACAAGAGUAUUAAUAAGGGCGAUUAACAAUCGAGAUAAUUGAGCAGAGCGAGAAAUCUCUCGCGAUUAACAAUCGUUAAUCGCCAUUUUAAUUCACGAAUUCGUUACAGAACUUUUCCGCCGACCGUACUUUUCAAAAAUAAAGAUAUGUUACUUUCAAUUUUAAUUUAUUCGUCAAUAUCCAUGUUUUGAUUCUAAACUAUACAUAGUUUUUAAAUUUUAAGAAAUUAAAUAAUGACAUUAACACACCUUGAUUUCAAAUGUAUAUGUAUGUUUGGUUGCCUACACCAUAGGUAACUGUCAAUAUAAAUGUAUAAUAAGAGCA